AUGGAUCAUUUACAACCUGUUACGAGGAAUAGACAGCGUGCGCUGUCUAUUCGAAGCACUACGGAAGCGGAAAAAGAGGCCAUGGAGAAUUCAGUCGCUAAGUUGCAAGCUGACAUAGCAUUGUUGGGAACGGAAUGGAAUAGGAUUAUUAAUAAGGAUACAAACCCUCUUGAGCUUGCAUUGAGGUUUUUAGAUGAAACUUCUGUUGGUUUGCACCACCGUUUCGAUGAAUUUAUUGAAUUGAAAUCGAGAUUUGCUAAGGAUUUACAAGAGGUUGCAAACGACCAUUACCAGGCAUUCAACGAUAGUAUAGCAUCCUUUUCGAAAACAGUGUAUUGUAUUACAGAUGCACAAGAUACUUUGGCUGAUAUUAAGAACGGUGUGAAUAAUUCUUUGCAGAAACUUUCAAUUAAUGACGAAACUUUGAAUGAUUUAAAUGAAGAUUUUAUGAAACAAUCUAGGAUGAUCAGCACUUUAUCUGCAAUGGAGGAAGUCAUUAAGCUCAAUCAAAAAGUGGAACAAUCUUUGCUCAAUUCUGAUUUCACUCAGGCGCAAGAGGCUCUUAAUCUCGGUUUCACCUUAGCUAAAGAGCAUGAUCUAUGGCAGUUAGAUGUUUUAAAACCUGUGAAGGAACAAUUUAUCAGCCAUGAACAUUCGUUAUUCGAACUAUUGUUGGAAGGUAUCACUGAGAUUGUUUACUCAAAACAAGCUUCUCAUAAAACUGAUGAUCAAAACAUGUUCGCCAAAACAAAUAAUGAAGAUACGUUUGGCAGUUUAGAAAACUAUUUACAUCAUGUUAUUCACGAGGAUAUCAGCGAAGAGUCAUACCGAAAGAAUCAACUUCUUCUAGACUUUCUAAAGAAAUUGGGACAGGUAUACUCCGAAGAUGAUGAAUUCGCUGUCACUGAGGAGACUGAUUACGACAAAAUGUACACAUAUAUGAAAACGUUAAAUGCAAUGAACAAAUUGUCACUGGCAAUUGAUCUGUUACAAAAAAGAAGUAAGAAUGAAAUUAAAAACAUAAUCACUAAAUCUGUCGAAGAUAUGCGUCUCAAACACCCAUCACUUUUGAAAAUGACGGUAUCGUUACAAAACAGCUCUACUCUUGGACUCUCUGGCCAAGACAUACUAUGUGUUCUAAUACGUAGAUUGUUUUGGGAGAUUUUUAUCAAAUUCUUGACUGCAAUCCAAGGGCAUCGUGUAUUGUAUGAGACAACAAAAGCUCUCCAGCCACCUGCCACAUCAAACGUAUCAUAUCCAUUCGUUGAAAUAUGGGAAACCUGCCUACGGACAAUCAAAGAUCUUAUAGCAAUGUACACAAAAGAUAUUUCCAUAACGAAAGACAGAAGACAUAAACACAGAACUUCCAGUAAUCUAUUGCAAGCAAAAACUUCAACUGAAACCCAACUAUUCUCUUUACAAAAUAACAUCAGUAAGGAUAACAGUAGCCAACUGGGCCAUGCAAACGAAUUGAAAGCUAUGCUUACUGACAUGUUCCCUGGCUUCGCACUUUCUACCAAUGUUGAUUUGGAAAAUAUAUACCUAGCAGAGGAACGUUUCGAGGAUGAGGAUACCCUUGUUCCACCAACAGUUUUCAACAUGAGAAUGAUAUUAGAAUCCCUCUUGGUAUUUGUUCAAGGAUCAAAAGACUUAUUACCACCUUCUUUAGAAGACACCACAACAUCAUCAACGGCUUUCUUUUUGAAUGUUAUGGAAGUCGAGUUUUUGCCUCAACUUAACCAGACAAUGAACUUUUUAUAUGAAUCUCAAGUUGAAUCUAAUAGUCCUUUUGCAGUCGAAACAUUGUUCAACGGUACACCUAUAUUCAAAAGUGCAAUCGAUUUUAAAAUGUUAUACUUUAAACUUUUACAAACCACGAAUGCAGGAAACUUUUAUAGAAGAAACGUCGCUCACAUGUUGGUUUCCAUUGCUGAUAAGUUUUACAGUUAUUAUUACAGUAUUUACCAGUCGAUUUGUGGAACACAAAACACGGUUGUCAGUAAAAAACUCGUUUCGUCAUGGUUAACUGAUAAAGCAUCCGGAGACAUUACUAGCAAAAUAUUCGCCAAUGAUGACGAAUUUAUAGAUGCCGAAACUCUGCGGUUACUAAACCAGUGUCCUAGGGUAUUUCAGGAAAGGCGCUCUUUGGAAAAAACGGAUCACUUUAGUGACUCUACAAUAGAUACCUUAGUGUAUUUUGCCACUACUCUUGAAUGGAUCUCAUCGUGGUUACCUGGUAUUAAAAAAGAAGUUAAAGAUACUGACAAUGUAUCAGAAUCAUCGGACAAGCGGAAGCAAGCUAAUAAUGCAGAAUUACGUAGUAUGUGGUCGUUUUUCGAAGUCUCAGAAGCGGAUCUUACUGAUAAAGGUGGUACAACGAGAUUUUUAUUGGCAGCUGAUAACCUAGAGGAAUUUGAAGCUGUCACACAAAAAUUCACCAAUUUGCAUUAUUUACUACUACAAAGUGUCAGAUACGAUGUACGUGUUCGCUGCUUGUAUUACAUCAACUGCAUGUUGCACUCAUCAAGGUGGAACCCUGAAGUUACAUCCAUCGAAUUGGACGAGAAUAUCAGUUCAUUAGUUUCAGACCUUUCUUUCUUGGAAAACAAGCUAAGAACAUCAUUUGCUGAGGAUCAUAGUUUACUCGUUUUUAUUGGGAUUUCAAACUUCAUGAAUCACGCAUUGAUCUCAGGAUCAAAGUCGAUUUCGGUAUUAAACGUGCACGGUGCAAAAAAAUUACUAAGGAACGUGAAUGCUUUACAACAAGCGUGCAAAAGUGCAACAGAUGGGAAUGAUACCGAAGAUUUGUCAAAAUCCAUCACAUUUUUCAGUAUCUGCUCUAUGGAUGAGGACUCAGUUCUUGAAUCUUUCCAAAAACAUGAACUGAACGGACUCAGUCCAGAUGAUCUCAAAAGUGCAUUCAGAUUGGUGUUCAGCGAGGAGUUACAGAGACAGAUGAAAAGAAAAAGCAGUACUAACCAACGUGCGAUAUCAAUGUCAGCAAGUAAACGUUUAGAAGAUGCUAUUAAGAAAAUAGAUCAAAUGGCUUCAUCAUAA